UAAAACGGCAGUGUUUAAUCACGCACUAUAGAAAAGGAGGGGGGACCUUCGCAUUACCAAAAAUCAUACCAGAAGGAUAGAGAUCGGAACCUCCCCCAAAAUUAGUUUCUGAUUCCCACGAGAAGCAUACAAAAUGUCUUCAUUGGCAGCAGCAAGAGCUGAUAAUUUCUACUACCCCCCAGAAUGGACUCCAGAACAGGGUUCCUUGAACAAGUUUCAUGGUCAGCAUGCUCUCAGGGAGAGAGCAAAAAAGAUAAACCAGGGCAUUUUGAUAAUCAGGUUCGAGAUGCCAUUCAAUAUAUGGUGUGGUGGUUGCAAUUCCAUGAUUGCAAAGGGUGUUCGGUUCAACGCAGAGAAAAAGCAAGUGGGGAACUAUUAUUCAACAAAGAUAUGGAGCUUCACCAUGAAAUCUGCAUGCUGCAAACAUGAAAUUGUUAUUCAGACAGAUCCAAAAAAUUGUGAAUAUGUGAUUAUUAGUGGGGCACAACGGAAGACUGAGGAUUUUGAUGUUGAGGAUGCAGAGACAUUUGCACUUCCUGCAGAUGAAGAAAGGGGUAAGCUAGCGGAUCCAUUUUAUCGUCUUGAGCAUCAGGAAGAGGAUCUGCAGAAGAAGAAAGAAGCUGAGCCAGUACUAGUUCGGCUUCAACGAGUAUCUGAUGCCAGACAUUCCGAUGACUAUGCUCUUAACAAGGCUCUUCGAUCCCGACUUAGAAGUCAGAAGAAAAGAGUUGCUGAAGAAGAGGUUGCUUCAAGGAAAAUGGGACUUGGCAUACGGCUGCUUCCAACUACAAAAGAAGAUUCUGCUGCCGCAGCAAAUGUGAAGUUCUCUUCAAAGUUUGACAAAAAUAGAAAGGAUAAGCGAGCAUUAAUUCAUGCAACUUCAAUCUUUCCAGAAUCUUAUGGGGCCUCCUUUUCCAAUAAGAAGCGUUUGGAGCUAGAAGCCAAGAGAAGGAAAAUCAGUGCGGCUGCAGUAUCUAACAUGCUGACAGGUGGAUUUAAGCCAUCUUCAUGGUCGCAGUGUAAGAAACAGCACAAGUGAAGAAUUGAAUAAAUUCGACAUAUUUAGCUACGAGUUUUAUGUGAUUGGAUUUAAUAUAUUUGUGUGAAAUCUUUCCACCCUGAUCUUUGCCUGCGCUAGAUGGCAUUCGAUCAUGUACAUAGAGAGUCUACUGUUUUAUUCUCCUUUUCUGCUGGCUCUUGUGUCUAUGUUGCCGACAAAGGCUAUAGCAAGCUUUUCGGUGUUAUAUGCAGUUUGUGAUGUCCAACAGGGAAAUGAAAUAGAAUGGCAAUUUUCACGACA